GUCACGCUGAUCCUGACUUUUCAAUUGCAAAUAAUUAACUUUCCCGAUUCCGCCCCCACGCUGCAGAAAUGGUAAGUGUCCCCCAGACCACCUUGUAGCCGAGAGCAGCCGGGAAGCGAAAAGUGGCCAACAGACGCGAAAGCCGAAACCAACUGCACGGAAAACCGCUGUGACGACGAGGAGAGAGCGGCGCAGAGAAGCAGCAACGCCCCCACCAUGUACCCCUGGAGCUCGUCCUCGUACGGCGGCCCGGCGCCCAGUUCCGCCCACGACAUCCGGACCAUGCCGAAUGGUUUGGAUGACCAGGAAAAGCUGCUCGGCGAGGCGAUCGGAGCGGCGCGAAAGCAGGCCUUCCAGAUGAAUCACUUCCUGGACAAGGAGCGCAUGCUGGACUCGCUCAAGUGUGCCAGCACGAUGCUGAGCGAGCUGCGGACCUCGCUGCUCUCGCCCAAGAGCUACUACGAGUUGUACAUGGCCGUCACCAACGAGCUGUGCCACCUGGAGCUGUACCUCAGCGAGAAGAGCGACAAGAAGACGGAUCUGUACGAACUGGUCCAGUACUCGCACACCAUUGUGCCCCGCCUGUACCUGCUCAUCACCGUGGGCAUUGUGUACAUCAAGAACGACGCCACGCUGAAGCGCAGCAUUCUCAAGGAUCUGGUUGAGAUGUGCCGCGGAGUGCAGCAUCCGCUGAGGGGCCUCUUUCUGCGCAACUACCUGCUGCAGUGCACCCGCAACAUCCUGCCCGACGUGAUGGUGGCGGAGAACGAGCACGAGGGCAACGUAUACGACGCCAUUGACUUUGUGUUGACCAACUUUGCCGAGAUGAACAAGCUGUGGGUGCGGAUGCAGCACCAGGGUCACUCCAGCGAGAAGACCAGGCGCGAGAAGGAACGCGAGGAGCUGAAGAUUUUAGUGGGCACCAACCUGGUGCGUUUGUCGCAGCUGGAGUCUGCCACCCUGGAGACGUACCAGCGCCUCAUUUUGCCGGGCAUUCUGGAGCAGGUGGUCAGUUGCCGGGAUGCCAUAGCGCAGGAGUAUCUCAUGGAGUGCAUUAUCCAAGUGUUUCCCGACGAGUUCCACCUUCAGACCCUGGAUCCCUUUCUUAAGUCCUGCGCCCAACUGGAGACCGGGGUGAAUGUGAAGAACAUUAUCAUAUCGCUGAUUGAGCGCCUGGCAGCCUACAAUCAGCGCAGUGGCAAGACAAGUGGCAAUGCCAUUGAUGCUAUCAUACCCGCCGAGGUGGAGCUGUUCGAGGUGUUUAGCGUACAGGUGGCCAACAUUGUGCAGACGCGCAUGGAUAUGCCCUUGGAGGACACUAUUUCGCUGCAGGUUGCUCUAUUGAGCCUGGCCCAAAAGGUGUACCCCGAUCGUGUGGAUUACGUGGACAAGGUGCUGGGCACAACCGCGCAAAUACUGCAGCGCAUGAACAUGAACAACAUCUCGCAUCUGUUGUCUGUGAACCAGGAGCUGUCCCGCCUUCUGAGAAUCUGCAUUGACUUCUACAACAAUGCACUGACCAUUAUCCAGUUGCACAACUUCUGCCCGCUGCUGGAAAAGUUUGACUACACCUCUCGAAAGUCACUGGCUCUGUAUCUGGUUAUGAAUAUCCUGGACAAUGAGACGCUGGUGCCCACAGCUGAUCAGGCGGAUAGCCUGCUGACCAUUAUUACGCCGCUGAUCAAGGACGAUGAUUCGAACAAGGACAACCCAGCAGGAGGCAGCAGCAGCAGUCCAGAUGCUGAGGAGUUUGCAGAGGAGCAGGGAGUGGUGGCAAGGUUCAUCCAUCUGAUGCGCUCCGAUGAGCCCGACAUGCAGUACAAAAUGCUGCAGACCGCCCGCAAACAUCUCGGUAAUGGCGGUGGCUCAAGGCUGAAGCAUGUCCUACCGCCUCUAGUUUUUGCCGCCUACCAGCUGUCCUUCAAGUACAAGGCCAUCGCCGAGCAGGAUGAGAACUGGGACAAGAAAUGCCAGAAGAUCGUGCAAUAUUGCCACAGCACCAUCAGUGCCUUGGCCAAGGCUGAUCUGGCUGACUUGGCGUUGCGUCUGUAUCUGCAAGGUGCUUUGGUAAUCGGAGAGAUUGGCUACACAAACCACGAGACGGUGGCUUACGAGUUCAUGACCCAGGCUUUCUCCCUGUACGAGGACGAGAUCUCCGACUCGAAGGCCCAGCUGGCGGCCAUAACACUUAUAAUGUCCACCUUCGAGCAAAUGUCCUGCUUCGGCGAGGAGAAUGCCGAGCCGCUGCGAACCAACUGUGCACUGGCCGCCUCCAAGUUGCUGAAAAAGCCGGACCAAUGUCGUGGCGUUGUGGCCUGUGCAGCGCUCUUUUGGAGCGGAAAGCAAAAUGGCGAAGAGAUGCGGGACGAGAAACGCACCCUGGACUGCCUGAAGAAGGGCGCUCGAAUUGCCUCGCAGUGUCUGGACACCGGGGUGCAGGUGCAGCUGUAUGUGGAGCUGCUGAAUCACUAUCUGUUUUACUUUGAGCGCGGCAAUUCGCUCAUCACCGUGGCCAUGCUGAAUCAGCUAAUCGCCAAGGUCAACGAGGAGCUGCCCAAUCUGGAGCCGAGCGAGGAGACCAAGCAAAUCGAGAGCCAUUAUAAGAACACACUGGCACAUAUACGCAGUCGAAUGGAGUCCAAUGAUUCGACGCUGGAGGUAUCCUUUGCGGGCAUCACUCUCAAUUAGCCCAAUCUACCCACAUGGGACACGUCUUGAAGAGCGAACCCCUUGCUCGGCGGGAGUAUCCAAAUUGCCUGUGUGAAAAACAUUGAAAUUCCAUGGUUAGGAAAGUUGUGGGCCUUGCUGACUUUUGUUUUGUCUACUUUUGAUUUCAAUUUCGUAUUCGUAAGUGCAAAGUAAAAACAUUCUUGAUUAUUUUCCUGAUUUAUCUAGUAUGAUAGCUACGCGUAAAUAACCCUCAUGGAAGAUUUUUACUUUACUACAUUUAACCUCCCCUACAAAAUAAUGUGAAAAUAUUGUUAAACAAAAAAAAAAUUAUACAAUCUUAUAUACGAUUAUCGAAUGGGUUCGCGAUGUAUUACAAUUAAAGUUAAGACCAAACUGAUUCACCCGGAUUUGUGGCCUAAAACCCCGUCAUCGGUAACAUGUAAAGUAAUUCGUUUAUUAAAAAUAUAUAAGCCGAACAGGUUCCAUCGGUCUAUCAA